CAAAGGUCCUUGCCUCCCAUGCUGCUUUGCGAUCUGAUCAAGGACAGCCAUUUUAAACCAUGUGCUCGCAGUUGGAAGUGCGCUGUUUUCACGACACGAAUUUUCAUUGCAUUUCAAGCCUAAUAUUUUCAAUUGCUGUUAAUAUCUACGGUUUUAAGUUAUAAUUGAACCGCCAACACUAUAUUCAUCUACAACUUCACUCAACUGUUAAUGAAAGAUGCCAAAAGUGAAGACUGAAAAGAAAUCGCGUACCCACAAACAAUUCCAGCAAGGUGUUCAGUUCAAAAGGGACCUUGGCCAGCAUAUUUUGAAAAACCCACUGGUUGUUGAUGGGAUCAUUGAAAAAGCAGCUUUGCGCAACACUGAUGUGGCAUUAGAAGUUGGUCCUGGUACGGGUAACAUGACAGUAAAAUUGCUGGACAAAGUAAAGAAAGUCGUAGCAUGCGAGUUGGAUCCAAGACUGGCUGCCGAGGUGCAGAAAAGAGUGCAGGGCACACCAUCGCAGACAAAACUACAAUUGAUCAUUGGUGAUGUCUUGAAAUCCGACCUACCGUUCUUUGACGUCUGUGUAGCUAAUUUGCCGUACCAAAUUUCAUCUCCCUUUGUAUUCAAACUGCUACUACAUCGUCCCUUCUUCAGGUGUGCAGUGUUGAUGUUUCAACGCGAGUUUGCUCAGCGUCUGGUCGCCAAACCUGGUGAUAAACUGUACUGCAGAUUGUCAAUCAACACCCAGUUACUGGCCAGAGUUGACUUGGUUAUGAAAGUUGGCAAAAAUAAUUUUCGCCCACCACCUAAAGUAGAAUCUAGCGUAGUGAGACUAGAGCCGAGAAAUCCCCCACCGCCGAUAAACUUCCAGGAAUGGGAUGGUUUGGUGAGAAUAGCCUUUACAAGAAAAAACAAAACAUUGAGUGCUGCUUUCAAACAUAAUUCAGUUUUGGAAAUGCUGGAAAAAAAUUACAGGAUACAUUGUUCAGUGAAAAAUAUCACCGUAGCGACAGAUUUCAGUAUUAAAGAUAAACUGGAGAAGAUACUGUUGGACAAUGAAUUCAGCAAAAUGAGGGCAAGAACCAUGGAUAUUGAUGAUUUUCUGAAACUAUUGCAUUGUAUGAACUCAGAAGGAAUUCACUUUGCAUAAAUGAGAAAAUGAACUUGAAAAUAUCCAGAUCAACCUUGUUUGAACUUAACAAUAACACUUUGCAGUGCUAUGCAAGUUCUACAAUUAGAUUGUUGCGAAACAAGUUUGUAAUCUGUCAACUAUUUGUUGUAAUGACUAGGCUUAACAUACCAUAUUUCAAUUUGUACCAGUUUUGUGAUUGAAAUCAAUUCGAGAUUUGACGACUAAAUUAUAAUACA